AUGACGAAAGCAGCAGAAACGGCAACGUUCCUUGGUAUCAUUGGAACAGUGUACCUUUUGUUCUUAUUUCAAAUUCUGCCUAGUUCAGAGAAAAUACGGAUCGAUAUCCUGCCUGUGUUACCGUGGUGGGCUCUAGUGUCAUUUGGAGCAUAUUCAUUGGGCAAUAUUGGAUAUCAUGUAUACAGGUUUAAGGAUUGUGAAGAUGCGUAUCAUGAAUUAAUGGCUCAAAUUAACGAAGCAAAGAAAAGUCUCGCAACACAAGGCAUAAGUGUAGAUUAA